AUGCAGAGAGGGACUGUGAGGAUAAUCAGGGAGAUAGGAGACCGUGCUUCUGGCAACCCCUCUCACAAUGGCCGUGUGUGCAGCACAUGGGGUAACUUCCACUUCAAGACCUUUGAUGGGGACAUCUUUUACUUCCCUGGGGUCUGCAAUUACAUCUUUGCAUCCAACUGCAAAUCUCCCUAUGAGGACUUCAACAUCCAGAUUAGGCGUACAAUGGUGGAAAAUGCUACCAAGAUCACUCACGUCAUCAUGAAGCUGGAAGGAGCUGUGAUUGAACUGACCUGCGACUCUGUCCUGCUUGAUGGCAAAUCGGUUCAGAUGCCCUACAGCCAUAUGGGAGUCUUGAUAGAGAGAAGUAACAGCUAUUUGAAAGUUUCUGCCAAGUUAGGACUGACCUUCCUCUGGAAUAAAGAAGAUGCCCUCCUGGUGGAACUAGAUAAGAAAUAUGCCAAUCAAACUUGUGGACUUUGUGGGGACUUCAAUGGAAUUCCAAUUAGCAAUGAAUUUAUUUCAGAGAACACAAAACUGACUCCCAUUCAGUUUGGGAAUAAGCAGAAGAUGGAUGGACCCACAGAGCAGUGUGCUGAUCCUAUUCCUCCUAUUGUUCCAGUGAACUGCUCAGCUGAAUUUGCUUCUAUCUGUGAGACAGUAUUAACCAGUAAAGCAUUUACAAGCUGUAAUGCACUUGUGAAUGUCCAGGACUAUAUUGAAACUUGCACACAAGACCUAUGCCACUGUGAUAGCUCUAUGGCUGACUUCUGCAUGUGCAACACCUUUGCUGAGUACUCCCGGCAGUGCGCUCAUGCAGGUGGACAGCCUCUGAACUGGAGAACCUCAGGACUCUGUCCCAAAUUAUGUCCUUUCAACAUGCAAUACCAGGAGUGUGGCUCCCCCUGCUCUGACACGUGCAGCAACCCAGAACGAUCUGCACUUUGUGAAGAUCAUUGUACAGAUGGCUGCGUCUGUCCUCCAGGAAUGGUAUUUGAUGACAUUAAUGGUGCUGGCUGCAUUCCCCGUCAAGAAUGUUACUGUACCUAUGAAGGCGAAACUUACGCUCCUGGUGCUUCCUUCUCAUCUAAAUGCAGAUCAUGUACCUGUGCUGGAGGUGAAUGGUCUUGUAUCACCCAGUCAUGCCCUGGAUCUUGCAGUAUUGAAGGAGGCUCCCACAUUUCAACGUUUGAUGAGAAAUAUUAUUCCUUCUUCGGAGACUGUAGCUAUGUCCUAACAAAGCUCUGUGACAGCAAUGAGUUCACUGUUCUGGGAGAUAUCCACAAGUGUGGCCUGACUGACACUGAGACAUGCCUCAAGGGUAUAGCUGUCAGCCUAAGUGGAGGACAAACUAACAUAGUGAUCCAGCCUUCUGGCAGCGUAUUUGUAAAUAAGAUCUACACACAGCUGCCAUUCUCUGCAGCGAAUGUCACCAUCUUCAGACCAUCAUCUUUCUUCAUCAUUCUGCAAACAACUUUUGGUCUUCAGCUACAGGUUCAGCUCAUGCCUCUCAUGCAACUUUUUAUAGACUUAGACCCAUCACAUAAAGGGCAGACCUGUGGUCUCUGUGGAAACUUCAAUGACAUGCAGACAGAUGAUUUCAAAACCACCAGUGGUGUAAUAGAGGGUACUUCAGCUGCCUUUGGCAAUACUUGGAAAACUCGGGCUGAUUGUCCUGAUGCCAAAAAUACCUUUGAGAACCCCUGUACUGUCAGCGUACAAAAUGACCAGUAUGCUCAGCACUGGUGUGGACUGCUCUCUGAUACCAUGGGACCUUUUGCUGAAUGUCACUCAACAGUGAAUCCAGAAGUUUACCAGAAGAACUGCAUGUUUGACACGUGUAACUGUGAGAAGAGUGAGGACUGCAUGUGUGCUGCCCUUUCCAGCUAUGUCAGGGCCUGUGCUGCUAAAGGAGUUGUGAUCACUGGAUGGAGGAGCAAAGCCUGCACAAAAUACACCACCUUGUGUCCGAAAUCCUUGAAGUACACUUACAAUGUCGAUUCCUGUCAACCCACCUGCCGGUCUCUGAGUGAGCCUGAUGUCACAUGCAGCAUCAAGUUUGUCCCAGUUGAUGGCUGCACCUGCGUAAAUGGAACCUACAUGGAUGAAAGUGGCAAAUGUGUGCCUGCUUCUAGCUGUCCUUGUUACUACAAAGGAAUGCCUCUGUCUUCUGGAGAAGUUAUUCAUGACAAUGGUGUUGUCUGCACUUGCACCUAUGGAAAGCUGAGCUGCAUUGGAGAGAAACCUGAACCAGUCUGCCUACCUCCCAUGGUCUAUAUUGACUGUGGCAAUGCCACUGCUGAUGUGGUAGGAGCAGGAUGCCAGAAGAGCUGUCAGACUCUAGAUAUGGAAUGCUACAGAACCCAAUGUGUCUCUGGCUGUGUAUGUCCUCACAAUCAAGUGUUGGAUGGUAAAGGUGGCUGUAUAGCUCCAGAAGACUGUCCAUGUGUUCAUAAUGGGAACUCCUACAGUCCAGGAGAAUCAAUCAGAGUUGGCUGUAAUAACUGCACAUGUAGAAACAGAAAAUGGCACUGCUCUGAGGAACCUUGCCUGGAAACCUGUUCUGUUUAUGGAGAUGGGCAUUACACCACCUUUGAUGGCAAACGCUUUGAUUUUGAAGGAGACUGUGAAUAUGUUCUGGUCCAGAACUACUGUGGUCAACAAGGUAUGAAUCAGGGAACCUUCAGAGUCAUCACUGAGAACAUUCCAUGUGGCACUACAGGAACCACCUGCUCUAAGUCUAUUAAAGUUUUCCUGGGGAACUAUGAGCUGGUACUCAGUGAUGGACACUCUGAUGUCAUCCAGAGGACACCUGGAGGAAAAAUGCCAUUCCAAAUCCGUUCCAUGGGUAUCUACCUGGUGGUUGACACUACUGUUGGCCUGAUACUCAUGUGGGACAAGAAAACCAGUAUAUUCAUCAAACUUAGUCCCAGCUUUCAGGGACAUGUCUGUGGACUUUGCGGAAACUAUGAUGGCAAUGGAAAUAAUGACUUCACUACUCGCAGUCAGUCUGUGGUAGGAAAUGUGCUGGAGUUUGCCAAUAGCUGGAAAGUGUCUUCUAAUUGCCCAAAUGCCAAUCGUACCAAGGACCCAUGCACUGCGAACCCAUAUAGGAAAGCCUGGGCACAAAAGCAAUGCAGCAUCAUUACCAGUGAAGUGUUUACCAAGUGUCACUCCCAGGUUGAACCAAAUGAAUAUUAUCAAGCAUGCGUGGAUGAUGCUUGUGCCUGCGACACUGGAGGAGACUGUGAAUGUUUCUGUACAGCAGUGGCUGCCUAUGCUCAAGCAUGCAAUGAGCUGGACAUCUGCAUUUCAUGGAGAACUCCAUCCAUUUGUCCUCUGUUCUGUGAUUACUACAAUCCACAAGGGGAAUGUGAGUGGCACUACAAGCCAUGUGGAGCCCCUUGUAUGAAGACCUGCUAUAAUCCGAGCGGGAACUGCCUUCAUGAGUUGAGAGGUUUGGAAGGCUGCUAUCCACACUGUCCAAAGAAUAAGCCCUAUUUUGAUGAAGAAACCAUGACGUGUGUUUCUAAUUGUGGUUGUUAUGAAAAUGGAAAAAAUUACAAACCAGGAAUGCAGAUGCCUUCAAAGCAGAAUUGUCAAUCAUGUGAAUGCACAAAUCAUGGCAAAAAAUGCAAAUAUGAUGAAUAUGAAUGUGUCUGUAUUUAUGAGGGACAGAAAUACAACUAUAAAGAUGUGAUCUACAAUACUACAGAUGGCACAGGAGGGUGUAUUGUUGCAAUCUGUGGUCCCAAUGGAACUCUUCAGAGAGUUGUCUAUGAAUGUCCAAUCUCAACAUCACCCACAACAACGACGUUUCACUUCAGCACUACGCCACCUGCCACUACUUCCUCAGUGUCACCAACUACAUCAGUAUGUGUUUAUGAAGUCUGUCAGUGGUCAGAAUGGUAUGAUGGGAGUAUGCAAACCCCUGGCUACGAUGGUGGAGAUUUUGAAACAUUUGAUGAUUUGAGAGCUAAAGGUUAUGAAGUCUGUAAAGCUCCACGGGCUGUUCAGUGCAGAGCAGAGAAAUUCCCUAAUAUACCACUGAAAGACCUUGGCCAAAAAGUAGAAUGCAGUACAACAGCUGGCCUCAUAUGUUACAACAAAGACCAAAAUUCAACAAUGUGCAACAACUAUGAAAUCAGAAUCUUAUGCUGUAUUUUUGUACCAUGCUCUUCCACAACACAUUUCAGCACAUCAACACCAAUCACAGCUGCAGCUAAAAGCACAGAAACUACAUCAUUUCCUAGCACUAGACCAUCACCAGUUACUACAACUUCUGAAAGUACAACAUUCACACCUUCAGCUACUAAAGAAACAGCCCCAAGCACAACUGAAAUUACAAGACCUGUCACCACUUCUUCCACAAUUCCUCUUUGCAUUAAAGAAGAAUGUUACUGGACAAUGUGGUAUGAUGUCAGCUAUCCAGGGUCGGGAUACAAUGAUGGAGAUUUUGAUACAAUUGAAAAAAUAAAAAAAGAGGGAUAUAAAGUUUGUGAUAAUAGAAAAGCUGUCGAAUGCAGAGCAGUAAGGUUCCCUAAUACACCAUAUCCCCUUCUGGAGCAACACAUAACAUGUAAUACAGAAGAAGGCUUGAUAUGCUACAAUAAAGACCAACUACCACCCAUCUGCUAUAACUAUGAAAUAAGAUUUAAAUGCUGCACAAAUGUAACAGUACCAUGCGAGACAACUACAGCGCCCCAUAAAACUACAGAAAAACCAAAAACAACCUGGAUUAUUUCAAAAACUUCAACCAUAUCACCCAUAGAACUAACGACAACACCACACUUAGAAACCAAACAUAAGACAACUCCACUACCAACAACUCCACCAAAAACAGAACAUAUUCAUGUAAGAACUACAUCACCACCUACGACACACACCCAAACUCAAACAAAGACCACAAAACCCACAAGCCCCAUGCCGACACCUACCGUAUCCUCCACCGCCGUGACCUCCACCACCACCACCACCACCACCCAGUCCACUACCACCUGUGAACCCGAAGUGUGCUCCUGGAGCGAAUGGUUCGACGUCGACUUCCCCUCCUCGGGGCCCAGCCAGGGAGACUUUGAAACCUACCAGCACAUCCGGGCCGCCGGGAAGGAAGUCUGUCAGCAGCCAAAGGAAAUCGAGUGCCGGGCGGAGGACUACCCCGACGUUUCCAUCCAGUCAAUCGGACAGGUCGUGCAGUGCGACGUCCACUUUGGACUGGUGUGCAAGAACGAAGACCAGGCUGGCAAAUUUAAGAUGUGCCUCAACUACAAGAUCCGCGUCCUCUGCUGCAGCCCUAACGACAAUUGCCCAAGCAGCACCGCCUUGCCCACCACCAGCCCCACCACCACCACCACCCGCAGAUCAACCAGCACCGCCCCGACCUCCACCACAGUCACGACCUCCACCUCCACGCCCUACUCCUCCACCACGCUGCCCACCUCCUCGGAAACCACGCCGCAAACUUCCACCACCACCACCGGCCCCACGCCGACACCUACCGUAUCCUCCACCGGCGUGACCUCCACCACCACCACCACCACCACCCAGUCCACUACCACCUGUGAACCCGAAGUGUGCUCCUGGAGCGAAUGGUUCGACGUCGACUUCCCCUCCUCGGGGCCCAGCCAGGGAGACUUUGAAACCUACCAGCACAUCCGGGCCGCCGGGAAGGAAGUCUGUCAGCAGCCAAAGGAAAUCGAGUGCCGGGCGGAGGACUACCCCGACGUUUCCAUCCAGUCAAUCGGACAGGUCGUGCAGUGCGACGUCCACUUUGGACUGGUGUGCAAGAACGAAGACCAGGCUGGCAAAUUUAAGAUGUGCCUCAACUACAAGAUCCGCGUCCUCUGCUGCAGCCCUAACGACAAUUGCCCAAGCAGCACCGCCUUGCCCACCACCAGCCCCACCACCACCACCACCCGCAGAUCAACCAGCACCGCCCCGACCUCCACCACAGUCACGACCUCCACCUCCACGCCCUACUCCUCCACCACGCUGCCCACCUCCUCGGAAACCACGCCGCAAACUUCCACCACCACCACCGGCCCCACGCCGACACCUACCGUAUCCUCCACCGGCGUGACCUCCACCACCACCACCCAGUCCACUACCACCUGUGAACCCGAAGUGUGCUCCUGGAGCGAAUGGUUCGACGUCGACUUCCCCUCCUCGGGGCCCAGCCAGGGAGACUUUGAAACCUACCAGCACAUCCGGGCCGCCGGGAAGGAAGUCUGUCAGCAGCCAAAGGAAAUCGAGUGCCGGGCGGAGGACUACCCUGACGUUUCCAUCCAGUCAAUCGGACAGGUCGUGCAGUGCGACGUCCACUUUGGACUGGUGUGCAAGAACGAAGACCAGGCUGGCAAAUUUAAGAUGUGCCUCAACUACAAGAUCCGCGUCCUCUGCUGCAGCCCUAACGACAAUUGCCCAAGCAGCACCGCCUUGCCCACCACCAGCCCCACCACCACCACCACCCGCAGAUCAACCAGCACCGCCCCGACCUCCACCACAGUCACGACCUCCACCUCCACGCCCUACUCCUCCACCACGCUGCCCACCUCCUCGGAAACCACGCCGCAAACUUCCACCACCACCACCGGCCCCACGCCGACACCUACCGUAUCCUCCACCGCCGUGACCUCCACCACCACCACCCAGUCCACUACCACCUGUGAACCCGAAGUGUGCUCCUGGAGCGAAUGGUUCGACGUCGACUUCCCCUCCUCGGGGCCCAGCCAGGGAGACUUUGAAACCUACCAGCACAUCCGGGCCGCCGGGAAGGAAGUCUGUCAGCAGCCAAAGGAAAUCGAGUGCCGGGCGGAGGACUACCCCGACGUUUCCAUCCAGUCAAUCGGACAGGUCGUGCAGUGCGACGUCCACUUUGGACUGGUGUGCAAGAACGAAGACCAGGCUGGCAAAUUUAAGAUGUGCCUCAACUACAAGAUCCGCGUCCUCUGCUGCAGCCCUAACGACAAUUGCCCAAGCAGCACCGCCUUGCCCACCACCAGCCCCACCACCACCACCACCACCCGCAGAUCAACCAGCACCGCCCCGACCUCCACCACAGUCACGACCUCCACCUCCACGCCCUACUCCUCCACCACGCUGCCCACCUCCUCGGAAACCACGCCGCAAACUUCCACCACCACCACCGGCCCCACGCCGACACCUACCGUAUCCUCCACCGGCGUGACCUCCACCACCACCACCACCACCACCCAGUCCACUACCACCUGUGAACCCGAAGUGUGCUCCUGGAGCGAAUGGUUCGACGUCGACUUCCCCUCCUCGGGGCCCAGCCAGGGAGACUUUGAAACCUACCAGCACAUCCGGGCCGCCGGGAAGGAAGUCUGUCAGCAGCCAAAGGAAAUCGAGUGCCGGGCGGAGGACUACCCUGACGUUUCCAUCCAGUCAAUCGGACAGGUCGUGCAGUGCGACGUCCACUUUGGACUGGUGUGCAAGAACGAAGACCAGGCUGGCAAAUUUAAGAUGUGCCUCAACUACAAGAUCCGCGUCCUCUGCUGCAGCCCUAACGACAAUUGCCCAAGCAGCACCGCCUUGCCCACCACCAGCCCCACCACCACCACCACCACCCGCAGAUCAACCAGCACCGCCCCGACCUCCACCACAGUCACGACCUCCACCUCCACGCCCUACUCCUCCACCACGCUGCCCACCUCCUCGGAAACCACGCCGCAAACUUCCACCACCACCACCGGCCCCACGCCGACACCUACCGUAUCCUCCACCGCCGUGACCUCCACCACCACCACCCAGUCCACUACCACCUGUGAACCCGAAGUGUGCUCCUGGAGCGAAUGGUUCGACGUCGACUUCCCCUCCUCGGGGCCCAGCCAGGGAGACUUUGAAACCUACCAGCACAUCCGGGCCGCCGGGAAGGAAGUCUGUCAGCAGCCAAAGGAAAUCGAGUGCCGGGCGGAGGACUACCCCGACGUUUCCAUCCAGUCAAUCGGACAGGUCGUGCAGUGCGACGUCCACUUUGGACUGGUGUGCAAGAACGAAGACCAGGCUGGCAAAUUUAAGAUGUGCCUCAACUACAAGAUCCGCGUCCUCUGCUGCAGCCCUAACGACAAUUGCCCAAGCAGCACCGCCUUGCCCACCACCAGCCCCACCACCACCACCACCACCCGCAGAUCAACCAGCACCGCCCCGACCUCCACCACAGUCACGACCUCCACCUCCACGCCCUACUCCUCCACCACGCUGCCCACCUCCUCGGAAACCACGCCGCAAACUUCCACCACCACCACCGGCCCCACGCCGACACCUACCGUAUCCUCCACCGCCGUGACCUCCACCACCACCACCCAGUCCACUACCACCUGUGAACCCGAAGUGUGCUCCUGGAGCGAAUGGUUCGACGUCGACUUCCCCUCCUCGGGGCCCAGCCAGGGAGACUUUGAAACCUACCAGCACAUCCGGGCCGCCGGGAAGGAAGUCUGUCAGCAGCCAAAGGAAAUCGAGUGCCGGGCGGAGGACUACCCCGACGUUUCCAUCCAGUCAAUCGGACAGGUCGUGCAGUGCGACGUCCACUUUGGACUGGUGUGCAAGAACGAAGACCAGGCUGGCAAAUUUAAGAUGUGCCUCAACUACAAGAUCCGCGUCCUCUGCUGCAGCCCUAACGACAAUUGCCCAAGCAGCACCGCCUUGCCCACCACCAGCCCCACCACCACCACCACCACCCGCAGAUCAACCAGCACCGCCCCGACCUCCACCACAGUCACGACCUCCACCUCCACGCCCUACUCCUCCACCACGCUGCCCACCUCCUCGGAAACCACGCCGCAAACUUCCACCACCACCACCGGCCCCACGCCGACACCUACCGUAUCCUCCACCGGCGUGACCUCCACCACCACCACCACCACCACCCAGUCCACUACCACCUGUGAACCCGAAGUGUGCUCCUGGAGCGAAUGGUUCGACGUCGACUUCCCCUCCUCGGGGCCCAGCCAGGGAGACUUUGAAACCUACCAGCACAUCCGGGCCGCCGGGAAGGAAGUCUGUCAGCAGCCAAAGGAAAUCGAGUGCCGGGCGGAGGACUACCCUGACGUUUCCAUCCAGUCAAUCGGACAGGUCGUGCAGUGCGACGUCCACUUUGGACUGGUGUGCAAGAACGAAGACCAGGCUGGCAAAUUUAAGAUGUGCCUCAACUACAAGAUCCGCGUCCUCUGCUGCAGCCCUAACGACAAUUGCCCAAGCAGCACCGCCUUGCCCACCACCAGCCCCACCACCACCACCACCACCCGCAGAUCAACCAGCACCGCCCCGACCUCCACCACAGUCACGACCUCCACCUCCACGCCCUACUCCUCCACCACGCUGCCCACCUCCUCGGAAACCACGCCGCAAACUUCCACCACCACCACCGGCCCCACGCCGACACCUACCGUAUCCUCCACCGCCGUGACCUCCACCACCACCACCCAGUCCACUACCACCUGUGAACCCGAAGUGUGCUCCUGGAGCGAAUGGUUCGACGUCGACUUCCCCUCCUCGGGGCCCAGCCAGGGAGACUUUGAAACCUACCAGCACAUCCGGGCCGCCGGGAAGGAAGUCUGUCAGCAGCCAAAGGAAAUCGAGUGCCGGGCGGAGGACUACCCCGACGUUUCCAUCCAGUCAAUCGGACAGGUCGUGCAGUGCGACGUCCACUUUGGACUGGUGUGCAAGAACGAAGACCAGGCUGGCAAAUUUAAGAUGUGCCUCAACUACAAGAUCCGCGUCCUCUGCUGCAGCCCUAACGACAAUUGCCCAAGCAGCACCGCCUUGCCCACCACCAGCCCCACCACCACCACCACCACCCGCAGAUCAACCAGCACCGCCCCGACCUCCACCACAGUCACGACCUCCACCUCCACGCCCUACUCCUCCACCAUGCUGCCCACCUCCUCGGAAACCACGCCGCAAACUUCCACCACCACCACCGGCCCCACGCCGACACCUACCGUAUCCUCCACCGCCGUGACCUCCACCACCACCACCACCACCACCCAGUCCACUACCACCUGUGAACCCGAAGUGUGCUCCUGGAGCGAAUGGUUCGACGUCGACUUCCCCUCCUCGGGGCCCAGCCAGGGAGACUUUGAAACCUACCAGCACAUCCGGGCCGCCGGGAAGGAAGUCUGUCAGCAGCCAAAGGAAAUCGAGUGCCGGGCGGAGGACUACCCCGACGUUUCCAUCCAGUCAAUCGGACAGGUCGUGCAGUGCGACGUCCACUUUGGACUGGUGUGCAAGAACGAAGACCAGGCUGGCAAAUUUAAGAUGUGCCUCAACUACAAGAUCCGCGUCCUCUGCUGCAGCCCUAACGACAAUUGCCCAAGCAGCACCGCCUUGCCCACCACCAGCCCCACCACCACCACCACCACCCGCAGAUCAACCAGCACCGCCCCGACCUCCACCACAGUCACGACCUCCACCUCCACGCCCUACUCCUCCACCACGCUGCCCACCUCCUCGGAAACCACGCCGCAAACUUCCACCACCACCACCGGCCCCACGCCGACACCUACCGUAUCCUCCACCGGCGUGACCUCCACCACCACCACCCAGUCCACUACCACCUGUGAACCCGAAGUGUGCUCCUGGAGCGAAUGGUUCGACGUCGACUUCCCCUCCUCGGGGCCCAGCCAGGGAGACUUUGAAACCUACCAGCACAUCCGGGCCGCCGGGAAGGAAGUCUGUCAGCAGCCAAAGGAAAUCGAGUGCCGGGCGGAGGACUACCCCGACGUUUCCAUCCAGUCAAUCGGACAGGUCGUGCAGUGCGACGUCCACUUUGGACUGGUGUGCAAGAACGAAGACCAGGCUGGCAAAUUUAAGAUGUGCCUCAACUACAAGAUCCGCGUCCUCUGCUGCAGCCCUAACGACAAUUGCCCAAGCAGCACCGCCUUGCCCACCACCAGCCCCACCACCACCACCACCACCCGCAGAUCAACCAGCACCCGCCCCGACCUCCACCACAGUCACGACCUCCACCUCCACGCCCUACUCCUCCACCACGCUGCCCACCUCCUCGGAAACCACGCCGCAAACUUCCACCACCACCACCGGCCCCACGCCGACACCUACCCGAAUGGUUCGACGUCGACUUCCCCUCCUCGGGGCCCAGCCAGGGAGACUUUGAAACCUACCAGCACAUCCGGGCCGCCGGGAAGGAAGUCUGUCAGCAGCCAAAGGAAAUCGAGUGCCGGGCGGAGGACUACCCCCGACGUUUCCAUCCAGUCAAUCGGACAGGUCGUGCAGUGCGACGUCCACUUUGGACUGGUGUGCAAGAACGAAGACCAGGCUGGCAAAUUUAAGAUGUGCCUCAACUACAAGAUCCGCGUCCUCUGCUGCAGCCCUAACGACAAUUGCCCAAGCAGCACCGCCUUGCCCACCACCAGCCCCACCACCACCACCACCACCCGCAGAUCAACCAGCACCGCCCCGACCUCCACCACAGUCACGACCUCCACCUCCACGCCCUACUCCUCCACCACGCUGCCCACCUCCUCGGAAACCACGCCGCAAACUUCCACCACCACCACCGGCCCCACGCCGACACCUACCGUAUCCUCCACCGGCGUGACCUCCACCACCACCACCACCACCACCCAGUCCACUACCACCUGUGAACCCGAAGUGUGCUCCUGGAGCGAAUGGUUCGACGUCGACUUCCCCUCCUCGGGGCCCAGCCAGGGAGACUUUGAAACCUACCAGCACAUCCGGGCCGCCGGGAAGGAAGUCUGUCAGCAGCCAAAGGAAAUCGAGUGCCGGGCGGAGGACUACCCCCGACGUUUCCAUCCAGUCAAUCGGACAGGUCGUGCAGUGCGACGUCCACUUUGGACUGCCCUAACGACAAUUGCCCAAGCAGCACCGCCUUGCCCACCACCAGCCCCACCACCACCACCACCACCCGCAGAUCAACCAGCACCGCCCCGACCUCCACCACAGUCACGACCUCCACCUCCACGCCCUACUCCUCCACCACGCUGCCCACCUCCUCGGAAACCACGCCGCAAACUUCCACCACCACCACCGGCCCCACGCCGACACCUACCGUAUCCUCCCACCGGCGUGACCUCCACCACCACCACCCAGUCCACUACCACCUGUGAACCCGAAGUGUGCUCCUGGAGCGAAUGGUUCGACGUCGACUUCCCCUCCUCGGGGCCCAGCCAGGGAGACUUUGAAACCUACCAGCACAUCCGGGCCGCCGGGAAGGAAGUCUGUCAGCAGCCAAAGGAAAUCGAGUGCCGGGCGGAGGACUACCCCGACGUUUCCAUCCAGUCAAUCGGACAGGUCGUGCAGUGCGACGUCCACUUUGGACUGGUGUGCAAGAACGAAGACCAGCACCGCCUUGCCCACCACCAGCCCCCACCACCACCACCACCACCCGCAGAUCAACCAGCACCGCCCCGACCUCCACCACAGUCACGACCUCCACCUCCACGCCCUACUCCUCCACCACGCUGCCCACCUCCUCGGAAACCACGCCGCAAACUUCCACCACCACCACCGGCCCCCACGCCGACACCUACCGUAUCCUCCACCGCCGUGACCUCCACCACCACCACCCAGUCCACUACCACCUGUGAACCCGAAGUGUGCUCCUGGAGCGAAUGGUUCGACGUCGACUUCCCCUCCUCGGGGCCCAGCCAGGGAGACUUUGAAACCUACCAGCACAUCCGGGCCGCCGGGAAGGAAGUCUGUCAGCAGCCAAAGGAAAUCGAGUGCCGGGCGGAGGACUACCCUGACGUUUCCAUCCAGUCAAUCGGACAGGUCGUGCAGUGCGACGUCCACUUUGGACUGGUGUGCAAGAACGAAGACCAGGCUGGCAAAUUUAAGAUGUGCCUCAACUACAAGAUCCGCGUCCUCUGCUGCAGCCCUAACGACAAUUGCCCAAGCAGCACCGCCUUGCCCACCACCAGCCCCACCACCACCACCACCACCCGCAGAUCAACCAGCACCGCCCCGACCUCCACCACAGUCACGACCUCCACCUCCACGCCCUACUCCUCCACCACGCUGCCCACCUCCUCGGAAACCACGCCGCAAACUUCCACCACCACCACCGGCCCCACGCCGACACCUACCGUAUCCUCCACCGGCGUGACCUCCACCACCACCACCACCACCACCCAGUCCACUACCACCUGUGAACCCGAAGUGUGCUCCUGGAGCGAAUGGUUCGACGUCGACUUCCCCUCCUCGGGGCCCAGCCAGGGAGACUUUGAAACCUACCAGCACAUCCGGGCCGCCGGGAAGGAAGUCUGUCAGCAGCCAAAGGAAAUCGAGUGCCGGGCGGAGGACUACCCCGACGUUUCCAUCCAGUCAAUCGGACAGGUCGUGCAGUGCGACGUCCACUUUGGACUGGUGUGCAAGAACGAAGACCAGGCUGGCAAAUUUAAGAUGUGCCUCAACUACAAGAUCCGCGUCCUCUGCUGCAGCCCUAACGACAAUUGCCCAAGCAGCACCGCCUUGCCCACCACCAGCCCCACCACCACCACCACCACCCGCAGAUCAACCAGCACCGCCCCGACCUCCACCACAGUCACGACCUCCACCUCCACGCCCUACUCCUCCACCACGCUGCCCACCUCCUCGGAAACCACGCCGCAAACUUCCACCACCACCACCGGCCCCACGCCGACACCUACCGUAUCCUCCACCGGCGUGACCUCCACCACCACCACCCCAGUCACUACCACCUGUGAACCCGAAGUGUGCUCCUGGAGCGAAUGGUUCGACGUCGACUUCCCCUCCUCGGGGCCCAGCCAGGGAGACUUUGAAACCUACCAGCACAUCCGGGCCGCCGGGAAGGAAGUCUGUCAGCAGCCAAAGGAAAUCGAGUGCCGGGCGGAGGACUACCCUGACGUUUCCAUCCAGUCAAUCGGACAGGUCGUGCAGUGCGACGUCCACUUUGGACUGGUGUGCAAGAACGAAGACCAGGCUGGCAAAUUUAAGAUGUGCCUCAACUACAAGAUCCGCGUCCUCUGCUGCAGCCCUAACGACAAUUGCCCAAGCAGCACCGCCUUGCCCACCACCAGCCCCACCACCACCACCACCACCCGCAGAUCAACCAGCACCGCCCCGACCUCCACCACAGUCACGACCUCCACCUCCACGCCCUACUCCUCCACCACGCUGCCCACCUCCUCGGAAACCACGCCGCAAACUUCCACCACCACCACCGGCCCCACGCCGACACCUACCGUAUCCUCCACCGGCGUGACCUCCACCACCACCACCCAGUCCACUACCACCUGUGAACCCGAAGUGUGCUCCUGGAGCGAAUGGUUCGACGUCGACUUCCCCUCCUCGGGGCCCAGCCAGGGAGACUUUGAAACCUACCAGCACAUCCGGGCCGCCGGGAAGGAAGUCUGUCAGCAGCCAAAGGAAAUCGAGUGCCGGGCGGAGGACUACCCCGACGUUUCCAUCCAGUCAAUCGGACAGGUCGUGCAGUGCGACGUCCACUUUGGACUGGUGUGCAAGAACGAAGACCAGGCUGGCAAAUUUAAGAUGUGCCUCAACUACAAGAUCCGCGUCCUCUGCUGCAGCCCUAACGACAAUUGCCCAAGCAGCACCGCCUUGCCCACCACCAGCCCCACCACCACCACCACCACCCGCAGAUCAACCAGCACCGCCCCGACCUCCACCACAGUCACGACCUCCACCUCCACGCCCUACUCCUCCACCACGCUGCCCACCUCCUCGGAAACCACGCCGCAAACUUCCACCACCACCACCGGCCCCACGCCGACACCUACCGUAUCCUCCACCGCCGUGACCUCCACCACCACCACCACCACCACCCAGUCCACUACCACCUGUGAACCCGAAGUGUGCUCCUGGAGCGAAUGGUUCGACGUCGACUUCCCCUCCUCGGGGCCCAGCCAGGGAGACUUUGAAACCUACCAGCACAUCCGGGCCGCCGGGAAGGAAGUCUGUCAGCAGCCAAAGGAAAUCGAGUGCCGGGCGGAGGACUACCCCGACGUUUCCAUCCAGUCAAUCGGACAGGUCGUGCAGUGCGACGUCCACUUUGGACUGGUGUGCAAGAACGAAGACCAGGCUGGCAAAUUUAAGAUGUGCCUCAACUACAAGAUCCGCGUCCUCUGCUGCAGCCCUAACGACAAUUGCCCAAGCAGCACCGCCUUGCCCACCACCAGCCCCACCACCACCACCACCACCCGCAGAUCAACCAGCACCGCCCCGACCUCCACCACAGUCACGACCUCCACCUCCACGCCCUACUCCUCCACCACGCUGCCCACCUCCUCGGAAACCACGCCGCAAACUUCCACCACCACCACCGGCCCCACGCCGACACCUACCGUAUCCUCCACCGCCGUGACCUCCACCACCACCACCCAGUCCACUACCACCUGUGAACCCGAAGUGUGCUCCUGGAGCGAAUGGUUCGACGUCGACUUCCCCUCCUCGGGGCCCAGCCAGGGAGACUUUGAAACCUACCAGCACAUCCGGGCCGCCGGGAAGGAAGUCUGUCAGCAGCCAAAGGAAAUCGAGUGCCGGGCGGAGGACUACCCCGACGUUUCCAUCCAGUCAAUCGGACAGGUCGUGCAGUGCGACGUCCACUUUGGACUGGUGUGCAAGAACGAAGACCAGGCUGGCAAAUUUAAGAUGUGCCUCAACUACAAGAUCCGCGUCCUCUGCUGCAGCCCUAACGACAAUUGCCCAAGCAGCACCGCCUUGCCCACCACCAGCCCCACCACCACCACCACCACCCGCAGAUCAACCAGCACCGCCCCGACCUCCACCACAGUCACGACCUCCACCUCCACGCCCUACUCCUCCACCACGCUGCCCACCUCCUCGGAAACCACGCCGCAAACUUCCACCACCACCACCGGCCCCACGCCGACACCUACCGUAUCCUCCACCGCCGUGACCUCCACCACCACCACCACCACCACCCAGUCCACUACCACCUGUGAACCCGAAGUGUGCUCCUGGAGCGAAUGGUUCGACGUCGACUUCCCCUCCUCGGGGCCCAGCCAGGGAGACUUUGAAACCUACCAGCACAUCCGGGCCGCCGGGAAGGAAGUCUGUCAGCAGCCAAAGGAAAUCGAGUGCCGGGCGGAGGACUACCCCGACGUUUCCAUCCAGUCAAUCGGACAGGUCGUGCAGUGCGACGUCCACUUUGGACUGGUGUGCAAGAACGAAGACCAGGCUGGCAAAUUUAAGAUGUGCCUCAACUACAAGAUCCGUGUCCUCUGCUGCAGCCCUAACGACAAUUGCCCAAGCAGCACCGCCUUGCCCACCACCAGCCCCACCACCACCACCACCACCCGCAGAUCAACCAGCACCGCCCCGACCUCCACCACAGUCACGACCUCCACCUCCACGCCCUACUCCUCCACCACGCUGCCCACCUCCUCGGAAACCACGCCGCAAACUUCCACCACCACCACCGGCCCCACGCCGACACCUACCGUAUCCUCCACCGGCGUGACCUCCACCACCACCACCACCACCACCCAGUCCACUACCACCUGUGAACCCGAAGUGUGCUCCUGGAGCGAAUGGUUCGACGUCGACUUCCCCUCCUCGGGGCCCAGCCAGGGAGACUUUGAAACCUACCAGCACAUCCGGGCCGCCGGGAAGGAAGUCUGUCAGCAGCCAAAGGAAAUCGAGUGCCGGGCGGAGGACUACCCCGACGUUUCCAUCCAGUCAAUCGGACAGGUCGUGCAGUGCGACGUCCACUUUGGACUGGUGUGCAAGAACGAAGACCAGGCUGGCAAAUUUAAGAUGUGCCUCAACUACAAGAUCCGCGUCCUCUGCUGCAGCCCUAACGACAAUUGCCCAAGCAGCACCGCCUUGCCCACCACCAGCCCCACCACCACCACCACCACCCGCAGAUCAACCAGCACCGCCCCGACCUCCACCACAGUCACGACCUCCACCUCCACGCCCUACUCCUCCACCACGCUGCCCACCUCCUCGGAAACCACGCCGCAAACUUCCACCACCACCACCGGCCCCACGCCGACACCUACCGUAUCCUCCACCGGCGUGACCUCCACCACCACCACCACCACCACCCAGUCCACUACCACCUGUGAACCCGAAGUGUGCUCCUGGAGCGAAUGGUUCGACGUCGACUUCCCCUCCUCGGGGCCCAGCCAGGGAGACUUUGAAACCUACCAGCACAUCCGGGCCGCCGGGAAGGAAGUCUGUCAGCAGCCAAAGGAAAUCGAGUGCCGGGCGGAGGACUACCCCGACGUUUCCAUCCAGUCAAUCGGACAGGUCGUGCAGUGCGACGUCCACUUUGGACUGGUGUGCAAGAACGAAGACCAGGCUGGCAAAUUUAAGAUGUGCCUCAACUACAAGAUCCGCGUCCUCUGCUGCAGCCCUAACGACAAUUGCCCAAGCAGCACCGCCUUGCCCACCACCAGCCCCACCACCACCACCACCACCCGCAGAUCAACCAGCACCGCCCCGACCUCCACCACAGUCACGACCUCCACCUCCACGCCCUACUCCUCCACCACGCUGCCCACCUCCUCGGAAACCACGCCGCAAACUUCCACCACCACCACCGGCCCCACGCCGACACCUACCGUAUCCUCCACCGGCGUGACCUCCACCACCACCACCACCACCACCCACUCCACUACCACCUGUGAACCCGAAGUGUGCUCCUGGAGCGAAUGGUUCGACGUCGACUUCCCCUCCUCGGGGCCCAGCCAGGGAGACUUUGAAACCUACCAGCACAUCCGGGCCGCCGGGAAGGAAGUCUGUCAGCAGCCAAAGGAAAUCGAGUGCCGGGCGGAGGACUACCCCGACGUUUCCAUCCAGUCAAUCGGACAGGUCGUGCAGUGCGACGUCCACUUUGGACUGGUGUGCAAGAACGAAGACCAGGCUGGCAAAUUUAAGAUGUGCCUCAACUACAAGAUCCGCGUCCUCUGCUGCAGCCCUAACGACAAUUGCCCAAGCAGCACCGCCUUGCCCACCACCAGCCCCACCACCACCACCACCACCCGCAGAUCAACCAGCACUGCCCCGACCUCCACCACAGUCACGACCUCCACCUCCACGCCCUACUCCUCCACCACGCUGCCCACCUCCUCGGAAACCACGCCGCAAACUUCCACCACCACCACCGGCCCCACGCCGACACCUACCGUAUCCUCCACCGCCGUGACCUCCACCACCACCACCACCACCACCCAGUCCACUACCACCUGUGAACCCGAAGUGUGCUCCUGGAGCGAAUGGUUCGACGUCGACUUCCCCUCCUCGGGGCCCAGCCAGGGAGACUUUGAAACCUACCAGCACAUCCGGGCCGCCGGGAAGGAAGUCUGUCAGCAGCCAAAGGAAAUCGAGUGCCGGGCGGAGGACUACCCCGACGUUUCCAUCCAGUCAAUCGGACAGGUCGUGCAGUGCGACGUCCACUUUGGACUGGUGUGCAAGAACGAAGACCAGGCUGGCAAAUUUAAGAUGUGCCUCAACUACAAGAUCCGCGUCCUCUGCUGCAGCCCUAACGACAAUUGCCCAAGCAGCACCGCCUUGCCCACCACCAGCCCCACCACCACCACCACCACCCGCAGAUCAACCAGCACCGCCCCGACCUCCACCACAGUCACGACCUCCACCUCCACGCCCUACUCCUCCACCACGCUGCCCACCUCCUCGGAAACCACGCCGCAAACUUCCACCACCACCACCGGCCCCACGCCGACACCUACCGUAUCCUCCACCGCCGUGACCUCCACCACCACCACCACCACCACCCAGUCCACUACCACCUGUGAACCCGAAGUGUGCUCCUGGAGCGAAUGGUUCGACGUCGACUUCCCCUCCUCGGGGCCCAGCCAGGGAGACUUUGAAACCUACCAGCACAUCUGGGCCGCCGGGAAGGAAGUCUGUCAGCAGCCAAAGGAAAUCGAGUGCCGGGCGGAGGACUACCCCGACGUUUCCAUCCAGUCAAUCGGACAGGUCGUGCAGUGCGACGUCCACUUUGGACUGGUGUGCAAGAACGAAGACCAGGCUGGCAAAUUUAAGAUGUGCCUCAACUACAAGAUCCGCGUCCUCUGCUGCAGCCCUAACGACAAUUGCCCAAGCAGCACCGCCUUGCCCACCACCAGCCCCACCACCACCACCACCCGCAGAUCAACCAGCACCGCCCCGACCUCCACCACAGUCACGACCUCCACCUCCACGCCCUACUCCUCCACCACGCUGCCCACCUCCUCGGAAACCACGCCGCAAACUUCCACCACCACCACCGGCCCCACGCCGACACCUACCGUAUCCUCCACCGGCGUGACCUCCACCACCACCACCCAGUCCACUACCACCUGUGAACCCGAAGUGUGCUCCUGGAGCGAAUGGUUCGACGUCGACUUCCCCUCCUCGGGGCCCAGCCAGGGAGACUUUGAAACCUACCAGCACAUCCGGGCCGCCGGGAAGGAAGUCUGUCAGCAGCCAAAGGAAAUCGAGUGCCGGGCGGAGGACUACCCCGACGUUUCCAUCCAGUCAAUCGGACAGGUCGUGCAGUGCGACGUCCACUUUGGACUGGUGUGCAAGAACGAAGACCAGGCUGGCAAAUUUAAGAUGUGCCUCAACUACAAGAUCCGCGUCCUCUGCUGCAGCCCUAACGACAAUUGCCCAAGCAGCACCGCCUUGCCCACCACCAGCCCCACCACCACCACCACCACCCGCAGAUCAACCAGCACCGCCCCGACCUCCACCACAGUCACGACCUCCACCUCCACGCCCUACUCCUCCACCACGCUGCCCACCUCCUCGGAAACCACGCCGCAAACUUCCACCACCACCACCGGCCCCACGCCGACACCUACCGUAUCCUCCACCGCCGUGACCUCCACCACCACCACCACCACCACCCAGUCCACUACCACCUGUGAACCCGAAGUGUGCUCCUGGAGCGAAUGGUUCGACGUCGACUUCCCCUCCUCGGGGCCCAGCCAGGGAGACUUUGAAACCUACCAGCACAUCCGGGCCGCCGGGAAGGAAGUCUGUCAGCAGCCAAAGGAAAUCGAGUGCCGGGCGGAGGACUACCCCGACGUUUCCAUCCAGUCAAUCGGACAGGUCGUGCAGUGCGACGUCCACUUUGGACUGGUGUGCAAGAACGAAGACCAGGCUGGCAAAUUUAAGAUGUGCCUCAACUACAAGAUCCGCGUCCUCUGCUGCAGCCCUAACGACAAUUGCCCAAGCAGCACCGCCUUGCCCACCACCAGCCCCACCACCACCACCACCACCCGCAGAUCAACCAGCACCGCCCCGACCUCCACCACAGUCACGACCUCCACCUCCACGCCCUACUCCUCCACCACGCUGCCCACCUCCUCGGAAACCACGCUGCAAACUUCCACCAGCACCACCUUGCCCACCACUAGCCUUACCACCAUUACUACCACAUCUGAACCGUGCUGCACCAGCACUUCUUCUACCCCUGUAUUAACACCCUGUUUCUGUAAAAUUGGCGAUUCUAUUUUUUCACCUGGUGACGUGAUUUACAAUAGAACUGAUAGCGAUGGAUGUAGAUUUUAUGCCAUCUGUAGUCCAACAUGUGCAGUUGAAAGACACACUGUACAUUGCAUCGUUACUACUCCCCUGACCACAACUUACCCUGCAUCGUCUACCGUAACAUCUGUUCCUCUGCGUACUACUUCUGGUUUUUCUCCCAUUUGUGUUUCUCCUACUUACCCUCCCCUACAGCUUGGACAAAGAUACAAAUUAUCCAACUGUACAGAAAUCAUCUGUAAGGGAGACAACAAGGUAGAAGUAAUUCCAACACACUGCCCACCUGUAAAGGAAAUUACCUGUGCAAACAAAUAUCCAGCAAUACUGGUACCUGAUGAAGAUGGCUGCUGUUACCGAUAUGAGUGUCAAUGUGUGUGCAGUGGAUGGGGUGAUCCUCAUUAUAUUACUUUUGAUGGAACCUACUAUACUUUCCUCGAAAACUGCACUUAUGUCCUGGUGAAACAGAUCGUACCUAAAUAUGACAACUUCCGUGUUUACAUUGACAAUUACUACUGUGAUUCAAAAGAUGGACUUUCCUGCCCUAAAUCCAUUAUUAUUUUCUACAAAUCUGCAGAAGUGGUACUGACCCGUAAACUCAUGAAUGGUGUGAUGACCAAUGUGAUGUACUUCAACCAAAAGAUUGUCAAACCAGGCUUCAAAAAAGAUGGCAUUUCUUUCUCCACACUUGGCAUCAACAUGAUUGUUGAAAUACCAGAGAUUGGUGCAACCAUCACCUUUAGUGGGCUGAUUUUCUCCGUGAAACUCCCAUACAGCAAAUUUGGCAACAACACUGAAGGACAGUGUGGAACAUGUACAAAUAAUAUAUUAGAUGAAUGCCGCUUACCAAGUGGUAAGAUCAUUUCUUCCUGUCCCCAAAUGGCUCAUCACUGGAUCGUUGAUAACAACAAGUCAUGCCAUGGAGUACCAAUACCACCAGUUGUAACCACACCUCCACCAAAGCCUCACUGCAAAACGCCUCCUCUCUGCAAUCUUAUCUGGAGCGAGAUUUUUGCAGAAUGCCGUGCUGUGAUACCACCAGAACCAUUUUUCAAAGGCUGUGUUUUUGAUGGAUGUCGCAUAGCUGAUGAAUACAUGCAGUGUUCCAGUUUGGAGAUGUAUGCUACAGAGUGUGCUGCUAGAGGUGUCUGCAUUGACUGGAGAGGAAAGACUAACAAUACAUGCCCAUACAACUGUACAGCAAGCACAGUAUACAAGCCAUGUGGGCCCAUUAAUCCUGCUACCUGUGACCCAAGCUUUGUUGAGCUUCCUGGCUAUGGAGUAACUGAAGGAUGUUUCUGUCCUGAAGGAAAGACACUCCUGAGUAAAGACAGCAACAUCUGUGUCUCUGAAUGCUCUUGUAGGGAAUCAAAUGGAGUAUCCAGAGGGCCAGGAGAAAAAUGGACAAAAGAUUGCCAGGAAUGUGUCUGUGACAAAAAUACUCUUAAAGUGCACUGCACAAAACACAACUGUUCUCUGACACAGCAAGUAUUUUGUGACAAACCAGGCUACAUGCCUGUUCAGAUACCGAUACCAGAAGAUCCAUGCUGUACCAGGACCGAGUGCUAUUGCAACACUAGCCUCUGCCCUGAGGUCACACCCCAGUGCUUAGAGGGACAGGAAGUAGUCACAGUAAUGCAGCCUGGAAAAUGCUGUCCUACCUUUGAAUGCAGACAUGGCUGUGUAGUCAAUGAAACCUACUAUGCACCUGGAGCUGUCAUUCCCUCGGGUCCCUGUGAAGAAUGCACCUGCUAUGAAUCCUCUUACUCAAGGCCUCACCACGCUACUGUCAAGUGUGAGCCUGUUGUCUGUGACACAGACUGCCCACCGGGUUAUAAGUAUACAAAGAAACCUGGACAGUGCUGCGGCACGUGCAAGGCAGCAGCUUGUAUAGUAACUGUGGGAGACAUUACACGUGUACUCCGGGUUGGAGAAUUCUGGAACCCACCUGGUGAUAACUGUACAACUUACACAUGUGAAAAACAUGAUGACCAGUUCAUUCAAGUCCUUUUACAGAAAAGCUGUCCUGUCUUUAACCCUGAUGACUGUGAUCCAGAUGACAUCAAGCUAUCUGACGAUGGCUGCUGUAAAGAGUGCCAAGUAAAACUGAAGAGUUGUAUGAAGCACAAUACUUCUACUGUCAUCAAAUACCAUGGAUGUGUAUCUCCUGCACCUGUUGAGAUGACAUACUGUGAAGGCAGCUGUGAUGCUUACUCACGAUAUUCUCCAGAGGCGAACACAAUGGAACAUAAAUGCUCAUGUUGUCAGGAAAUCAAGACCAGCCAAAGAAAGGUGACUCUGAUGUGCAGUGAUGGAACCUACCUUGAUCACUCAUACACCUAUGUGGAGAAAUGCAGCUGUGUGAGCGCUGAGUGCAUUCCCCAAGUCAGCACCCAGCAGGCAACGAACCAGAUAAAGGCCUCUCAGGAAUAAGUGAAUGUCUAAAAUUAGAACUAGAGAGAAGAAGUAAAACAAGGGUUGAACAUAAGACUAAAAAAAAAAACUUUGACAAAAUACAAAAGUGUCAAAAGCAGCUAAAUUUUUGGAUGAACAGAUGAUAUUUUCUGCAUACAAACUCAGUAUGUCCGUCUACAUUAUUUCAGUUUUCAUGACUAAUACAUCCCGCAUUGUUUUUCAUGUCUUUUCUUUUACACUUUCAGGGGUACAGCAUAAGGUUAUUUUGACAUUUUCUGUUAGUUUGUCUUCUGAGAAGUGCUGUACCAUAAGACUGAGAGCUGGAUUUACACUUGCACGAAGUCUGUUAUGAGAACAUUCUUUUCUGGCUUGAAGCUUGCCUGUGGUGGCAUAAUAUAGACACUUGGCAAUAUCUAAUAUUUCCAUUGACAUACACUGACCUUUUUUAUAACAUUUUCAUUCCAGUUCAUUGAGACAAAUCAAAAACUAAAGUCCAGAAAACAAACAAACAAACAAAACCCAAGGAAAACUGUAGCUCUCUGUUUCUUUAUUUUUCUUUUUGCAUUAAGGAAAACUUAGACAGCAGAAAGCCAUACCUUCUCAAAACUAUAAACUCCAAUAUUUUGAACUGUUUAUGAUAGGCAUAUUUCCCUAUAUAAUCUCAUGAGAAAAAGAAAGGAAUCCUGUCAUGAGAAGCUGCU